AUGCCGUGGGUAAGGGAGGAAAAGGAUUCAGGAAUUGGUCUUUAUGAGGAGCUGCAGUUGUCCCCCAAAUAUGAUCUGUAUGGAGUGUCCUCAGGACCUGGAUGGGAGCCCUGCACCCUGAAAGUGACAUUUCAGGCUGAAAUUACUAGACAUCUCCAGGAAGUAGAGAAGGUAAAAGAAACCCAGGGAGAAGAACUGCCCUCAGACCAGUGUGUUAAACCUUGGAGCAACCAUGAGAUUAGGAGUUUCCUACAAGAAUGGGAACUCCUUGAAGACGAAGAGUUAAAGAAGAAUUAUCACAUAGCAUCAAGAAUAAUUGCCAGGCAUCUCAAGCAAAGGGGCAUAAAUAAGAGCAGGAGAAAAUGUCUCCAGAUGCUAAUAAACAUGCAGGACUUAUAUUGGACCAUUCAUGAAGCCAACCAGAGACCAAGGAGUGAACCCUUGCCAUGUCCUUAUGGAGAGGCCCUUCACAGGAUCCUAGAACACAGAGGGGAGAACAAGGACUUCUCAGGUCCUCCCUGUGCAGAAGUGGCUGAUGUCCCACCACCCGAGUACCAGCCCCCUGCGUGUGCCAUCCCUGAUUGCUUUGAGGAGCUGCUGUGGGCUCCCCCACAUAUGAUCUACAUAGAGGAUUCUCAGGUACCCAGAUGGGAGCCCUGGAACAUAUUUCACAGGUGUGGAUCUUUCUUCAUCUAUCCUGAUUGA